UCGGCUCAUUGGCUCAGAAAGCCCCACCCUGCUAGUAAGUAAGGAACAAAAGCUGCCCCUGGGACGGCCUCAGGCAGACAGACAAGCCGGCACCCGGAGGAGAGUGAGGACCCACGGGGACCCAAGAAGGUCCCCAAAGCCAUCUGACUCUAGAAGUCUCUGGGCCGCUGUGGUUGAGACACAGGUUGGUUGGCAUGGCAUAUGUGGUGUUGAUCUCCCACGUGCUUGUUACUUUGUAGAAGUAAAGAGACACUGACUUUCGUGGAAAUCUGAAGACCAAGAUUCAAGACCACAUGGGCUACUUGCUGCUCUGAGAUCUCGGGCAGGAGACCUCUCACCUUUCAGCCUUCACACACUUUCCUGUGAAAUGGGGAACAUGAUCAUCCCAUCGCUGAGUCACCGUGAAUGAGGACACACAUGGCCCCGUGGUGGUUGUGAAACAGUUUAGUCCUCAACAUCAUCUACAAAGACAUCCACCUGCAGGUUCUCCCAGGCCUCGUGACUCCCAGGGCCUGAGAGGGUUAAGUUAGCACGCGAGUGCACACACGUCCACGUGAGGCAGUGAGGACACAGCCAGCAUGAACUGGGGAUUUCUCCAGGGAAUCCUGAGUGGCGUGAACAAGUACUCCACAGCACUGGGCCGCAUCUGGCUGUCGGUGGUCUUCAUCUUCCGGGUGCUGGUGUAUGUGGUGGCAGCGGAGGAAGUGUGGGAUGAUGAUCAAAAGGAUUUCAUCUGCAACACCAAGCAGCCAGGCUGUCCCAAUGUCUGCUAUGACGAGUUCUUCCCCGUGUCCCACGUGCGCCUCUGGGCCCUGCAGCUCAUCCUGGUCACCUGUCCUUCCCUGUUAGUGGUCAUGCAUGUGGCCUAUCGAGAAGAGCGGGAAAGGAAACAUCGACUCAAACAUGGGCCCAACGCUCCAUCCUUGUACAGCAACCUGAGCAAGAAGAGGGGUGGCCUGUGGUGGACAUACCUACUGAGCCUCAUCUUUAAGGCUGCUGUGGACUCGGGAUUUCUCUAUAUCUUCCAUUGCAUUUACAAGGACUAUGACAUGCCCCGAGUGGUAGCUUGCUCUGUGACUCCCUGUCCCCACACCGUGGACUGUUACAUCGCCCGACCUACAGAGAAGAAGGUCUUCACCUACUUCAUGGUAGUCACAGCAGCCAUUUGUAUUCUACUCAACCUCAGUGAGGUCGCCUACCUGGUGGGCAAGAGAUGCAUGGAGGUCUCCCGUCCCCGCCGCCGGAAAGCUUCCAGAAGGCACCAACUACCAGACACGUGCCCACCAUAUGUGAUCUCCCAAGGAGGUCACCCUCAAAAUGAGAGUGCGAUCCUAACAAAGGCCGGAACGGCCACGGUGGAUGCGGGUGUGUAUCCAUGACCUGCAGGUAGGGUUAUGAGGUGACUUGCCCGUCCACUGAAGCCACCCAGGAAAAUGGGCGAAGGGAGUGUGGUCUUCUGCAGUAGGUCAGGUGGGGAACAUGGCUGUGGGGACUCUGGAAGUUCAUGCAAGAGCUAGCGGAAGAUGGGAAGCACCCUUGAGUCCCUAGAACCUGAGCCUCCAGGGACUUGAUGGCUGGUGAGGAUUUUAUAUUUGUCGAUAGAGUAUCUCAACUCCAUUAAUAAAUACGAUGCUCCCAGUGCUUUGUAGUCAGGCGGAGACUUACAGGGGUGAUGUUCCAGGUGGUUCUCUCAAAGAAAGCCAAGCUAUGUGGUCAUCUGAACCCCAUCCUCACACACACCAAACACACACACACACACACACACACACACACACAAGUGCCACUAGGACAGGGAGAAGAACCGCAAAGACAGGAACCACACCAGAGACCUCACAGUUCUGCAGCAAGCUAUCCAAGGCAAGGAGACAGGGAGCCCUGGAGACCCUGAUCCAUUGUGUAUAGUUUAGCAGGCCUUUGUUUUCCACUCCCUGACCUCCCAACCUGCCCAGUGCAGGUCCCAGGCAGGGAGUACCUUUGAGGAUGGGAGAAUGGCGCAGAGAACAAGGGAAAGGCAGAGCCUCCCAAGGGUCCAGGGGACAUGCCACACCCCAUCAUCCUCCCUCAACACUUCCCUGAAUAACCUCAUCCUCCCAUUGCCCUAUAACCACACACACCUUAACAGUCCCACAAACACCUUUCUAUCCUGGACCUGCCUCUGAGUCCACAAGCUGCCCCUGGAUAACUCUCAGGGAAAGUACUUUCAUAGCAUGACUAGCAAUUCCCGACUGGCCUUGCCUUCCUCCCACAAAGCUGCCCUCUUCACAGAGACCCUGCCCCAUUUAUAGAGGGCACUGCCAUUAUCUACCUGUCCAGACCAAGCACUGGCCUAUGAUCCUCAAACUCUGUCUCCCUCCCCACCCAUCAGCUCCUAACACAGCCCAUAAUCUCAGCACAGCACCUCAGAGUACUGACUCCAGCCUCUGAGAGCCUCUAAGUCACCUUCUCUGUCACCCCACAGCCUUCCACCAGUCCUCCACAGGGCCUCUCAGAUCUGCCCUCCACACCUGGAUGGAAUAAUUACUCAGUCCACGGAUGUGACGACACCAUUCCUCUGGCUUUAACAUUUCUUUCAACACACCCACCCCUAAUCCCAUUGCCUCCAAACUGGCACUACUGAUCUCCCUCUCCCUCAUGGCUCCCUCCCUCAGUUCACUACUGAUAAUGUGUAGGUAUCCACAAUGCUAUGAAUGUGCCUCCAACCUUUGUCAUUCUUAUCCCUCCUGUCUCCUCUGCAAAUGGUCUCCAACCUCAAGGACAGCCUCCCCACUUGGCAUGCCAGCUCAGACCUCUCUCCUCUGCCAUUCUCCCUGGGCUGGAAUAGCUGAUACCUGAGAAUGAUACCCAUUAGCCUGUGAGCCUUUUUAAGGGCAGGAUGCUGAGUCACAAGGUUUGCAGCCUUCAAUAAAUGUUUGCUAAAUGAGUAAAUGGGCUGUGAGCCUCUUGGAGUA